AUGGCUACUUUCUCUCUCCACACCUGCACAGUCAAGCAAUCUCGUAUGGUGACUAACAGACUCCACAUGUUCUUCCACCUCACAGCCAUAUUAGCCCUACUCUACUACAGAUUCUCUCACCUCUUUCAUGGCGAUGUGCCAGUUUUUGCAUGGGGCCUUAUUACCAUUUCUGAGCUAAUCUUCACUUUCCUAUGGCUCCUCACACAACCAUUCCGGUGGCGACCAGUAGUUUGGUCGGUUGACCCGGAAAAGCUCCCCAGCCACGAGGAUUUUCCAGCGAUAGACGUGCUUAUAUGCACCGCCGACCCUCAGAAGGAACCAGUGAUCGAGGUGAUGAAUACAGUAUUGUCAGCCAUGGCGCUCGACUACCCGCCGGAAAAGAUGGCGGUGUAUCUUUCCGACGACGGCGGUGCUGCCGUGACACUGUAUGCCAUGAAAGAAACAUGUUCCUUCGCAAGGGUUUGGCUUCCAUUUUGUAGAAAAUAUGGAAUCAAGACUAGGUCGCCUGAAGCAUAUUUUUCAUCAUUUGGUGACGAUGAUCGUCUUCUUCGGAGCGAUGAUUUCAAUAGAGAGGAAGAAAAGAUCAAGUCGACUUAUCAAAUUUUCAAGAGAAGUGUGGAGAAUUGCGGGUUGGAUGAUUCUGUUGUGCACGAUCGGCCCCCUUAUAUUGAGGUUAUACAUGAUAUUAAUAAGCAUGAAGUGAAUGAAGAUAGCCACACUAAGAUGCCUUUGCUCGUAUAUGUAUCUCGUGAGAAAAGACCAUUCCACUCUCAUCGUUUCAAGGCUGGCGCCCUAAAUGCUCUUCUUCGAGUUUCCGGAAUAAUGAGCAAUGCCCCCUACAUACUAGUCCUAGAUUGCGACAUGUAUUGCAAUGACCCUACUUCAGCUCGACAAGCAAUGUGUUUCCAUCUUGAUCCAAAGAUGUCUCCUUUACUGUCUUAUGUACAGUACCCCCAGAUUUUCUACAAUGUUAGUAAGAACGAUAUCUAUGAUGGCCAAUCAAGAUCAGCUUACAAGACAAAAUAUCAAGGUAUGGAUGGGCUAGGAGGCACAGUGUGUGCAGGCACGGGUUAUUAUAUGAAGAAAAAGACAUUAUAUUGUAGUCCUAAUCAUGAAGAUGAGUUUCUUUGCGAGUCACAAAAGUAUUUUGGUUCAUCGAACAAGUUCAUUGAUUCAAUAAAGGUUAGUAAUGAACAAGAUAUCAGAGGAAGUGGAAUUAUAUCAGAUGAAGUUUUAGAAGAGGCAAGAACUCUAGCUACGUGCACGUUUGAAGAGAACACGAAAUGGGGUAAAGAGAUUGGUUAUUCUUAUCAAUGUCUAUUGGAGAGUACAUUCACAGGGUAUCUUUUGCACUGCAAAGGGUGGCGAUCGGUGUAUCUUUACCCAAAAAGGCCAUGUUUCUUGGGUUGCACCACCAUUGACAUGAAAGACGCCGCGGUUCAGCUCAUGAAAUGGUCCUCUGAAUUGAUCCUAGUUGGUUUCUCAAGGUUUAGCCCCCUAACAUAUGGGAUCUCAAGAAUGCCCAUUCUCAAAAGCUUGUGCUAUGCAUAUUUCACAUAUAGCCAUCUUUUCUCUGUGGCAUGCCUCUUAUAUGGAACCAUUCCUCAGUUGUGUUUUUUGAUUGGCAUCCCUAUGUACCCCAAGGUCUCAAACCCAUGGUUUGCAGUGUUUGGAACUGUGUAUGUAUCAUCUCUUUUCCAGCAUUUGUAUGAAGUCCUCUCCAGUGGCGGUUCAAUUCGGACAUGGUGGAAUGAACAGAGAAUGUGGAUGAUAAGAACAGUUACAGCAUGCUUGUUUGGAUGCCUUGAUGCCCUUUUGAAGCGGAUCGGCAUAGGGAAAUCAAGGUUCAGAUUGACAAAUAAAGCCAUUGAUCAAGGAAAACUCGAAAAAUACGAGAAGGGUAAGUUUGAUUUCCAAGGAGCCAAGAUGUUCAUGAUCCCCUUAACAUUUUUGGUCAUAUUGAAUAUGGUUUGCUUCAUCGUCGGAUCGAAAAGGAUGAUUACUGAGGGAAACAGUGAAGACAUGUUUGGACAGUUUUUUCUCUCUUCCUUCAUUUUAGUUCUCAGUUAUCCAAUAGUAGAAGGGCUAAUACCAAAGAAAAGCAAGUGA